AUGGAAUCAAAGUCAUGUAGACAGAAAAAUGCUAUGAUUUCUUUAUCAAAACCAAAAUAUAAAACGUCUUUACCAGAAAAACAGAAUACCUGGGGUAACCUACUAAAUAAGAAAUCAGUCGGUACUAAUACAGCAAUAACUUCCAAAAUUAAACCUAAAAAAUAUUCCUCUAUUCCUGAGAUGAAUACUAAAACAAUGACCAAGAGUGUACAAUGUAGUGAUUCACCUACUGAUAAAGAAUGCAAAAGAUCUAAUUCACUUUCUGUAUUCAAUCCGAUCAGAACAUUACAAUUUCUACUAAAGGAAAUUGUUGAGUACCCAGGUGUUAAAAAUGGAGACAUUGCAAAAAUUGUUGAUGAAAUGCAAGUGGUUGUAGGAAGAAUUGUUGAUGAAUGUGCUGAAAAUUCGCCUAGCCCUAAAAUAAAUACUAUCCCAGUUAUGAAUUACAAUUCUAUGGUUCCAACAAGAGAUAAUGAUUAUUGUAAAGAUUUAAAAUAUGAUAACAGUUCUCAAGAAAAUAAAUAUUUGUCCGUACUGCUAGGGAAAAUAUCAGAACUUGAAAAUCAUUAUAGUCAGUUGACAAAAGAUAACACUAAAUGUAAAGAAAAACUGCAGUGUGUGACAUCUGAAAGGGAUAGUUUACUUGAGAAAUAUAAAGAAUCAUGCAAUUCAUUGGAAAAGUUGAAUAAUCUCGAGCGUGAAUAUUUAGAUACAAUCACAGAACUUAAAUCUAAACUUAUAGCUUCAGAUAAAUUGAUUAGAAACCAGGAAAUUAUCAUUACAAGUUUAAAUAAAAGAUUGAAUCAUUUACCAAAUAAAAACAAAGUUUGUGUUAAGGACAAAGUGAAUGGAAAUAUUCGAACUGAACAUAAUAAUACUUACCAAACAAUACUAAAAGAAAAUAAUGAAUUCAACAAAGUUACAAAAUCAGAUCUGGAGAAAUUAGCUAUUACCAGUAGUCUCAAAGAUAAUGAAGUCUCCAAGCUUAGAUCAGAUAUAAAACAAAUGAAGCAAAUUGUAUUAACUGGAUUAGAAAAUAAAGAUAAAGAUAUUAAAUCUGUGUCAAUGACAUCAUUGAAAUCAGAAGGCGACCUAAUAAAAGAUUUUCCCAAGUGUAGUGAUAAAAGUUACGAAGAACAUGAUAUUGAUAUAAAAUGUAUUGCGUAUAACAGAGAAGCAUCAGCCAUAAAAUUAGCUAAGUUAGAACUUCAACAGCUAUUUGAAACAAUUAAAAAACAAACUCAUAAUUCAAAAAAGCUUUUCAAUUCCACGUUUGUUGAUAACGAAAGGGUUUUAAGUGAUAUUUCUGAUGAAGAGGAAAACUCAAAUGUAUCAAACUUUAUGAGUGUAGUAACUCAUUCGAGUUGUUAA